AUGAUGCGGUUCAUAUUGCUUGUGAUAAGUUCUUCACUGAUAAUAACGACGACGAAAUGGUUUGUGGAUGCGAAGAAAAAACUUAAAGAGCAAGAAAUAAUUCAACGAGCGCUUAAAGAUUACGAUUGGAGAGUACGGCCGCGUGGAGGCAAUUUAUCAUGGCCUGAUACCGGUGGACCAGUAUUGGUCUCAGUAAACAUUUAUUUGCGAUCAAUAUCGAAGAUCGAUGACGUGAACAUGGAGUACAGUGCGCAGUUCACGUUCCGUGAAGAAUGGCGAGAUUUGCGAUUGGCUUAUGAACGAUUCGCUGAUGAAAACACUGUUGUGCCUCCUUUCGUCGUACUAGCCGCUUCGGAACAGGCCGAUUUUACACAACAGAUAUGGAUGCCUGAUACGUUCUUUCAGAACGAAAAGUUUGAUACUUUCAGAGAGGCUCGACGACACUUGAUUGAUAAGCCGAAUGUUCUAAUUCGAAUUCAUCAGGAUGGACGUAUCUUGUACAGUGUUAGGUUAAUGAAGCAAAACGUUGACUCAUGCAACAUCCUUUACACUCAUAAAGAAGAUAAGAAAUUGCGUUCCAAGAAAGGUAAGCCCCCUUUUUUAGGUGUUACGACCUUACUGACUAUGACUACUCAAAGUUCAGGUAUCAAUGCAAAACUUCCUCCUGUUUCAUAUACAAAGGCAAUUGAUGUUUGGAUUGGUGUUUGUUUGGCUUUUAUUUUCGGUGCACUUCUUGAAUUUGCUUUGGUCAAUUAUGCAGCACGCAAAGAUAUGAAUACUUCUCGACAACGCAUGGUUCGACUACAUUUCAUUUCUUCACCUAGUACUUUCAUUACUAUUAUUGUUGUGGCUUCGAUUAUUUUAUGGUUCAAUUCCAUCAUUGUAUUUCCAAUUGGAUAUGCGUGUUUCAAUGGUGAAUAUAGUUGCGCACGUGUGAAAUUAUUACUUCGUCGUGAAUAUAGGUUGGUUUAUUGCAUUUCAACAGGCAUAUUCAUUUGUGCUUUAAGUUAUUACUUGAUUCAGCUCUACAUACCGUGCAUAAUGCUCGUUGUCGUGUCGUGGGUUUCGUUCUGGUUGGAUAAGUCGGUGGUAAUCGAAGUUCGACGUGCUAAGACUAACGCCCGUAUAAUCCAUUUCAGUUGCGGUCGAGGACCACCGAUUUUAGAAGCUCCCCGAAUUCCGGUGGUUCCCGAUCCAACUCUAGUUGACACUGACGCAGUUCCAGCACGAGUGUCUUUAGGAGUGACAACCCUUUUAACGAUGACAACUCAAGCAUCAGGUAUAAAUGCAAAAUUACCACCGGUCUCAUACACGAAGGCAGUUGAUAUCUGGAUUGGGGUAUGCUUAGCGUUCAUCUUCGGUGCACUUCUCGAAUAUGCACUUGUCAAUUACCAUGGCCGACAGGAAUUCUUGAAGAAGGAGAACUUAAAAAAGAAGUUUGAUAACAACAAUGCAAAGCAAUGCCUAUGCCCUCCGAACAAGCAAGCUCAUUUCAUUCAGUUUUCGAAGUCACCAGUGUUUUAUUACAUUACUUACGUGAAGUAA